ACUAUUUUUUGUAUUUUAUUAUAAUAUGUAUAAUACUUUUUUUAAUCUUUWUUGUUGUUGUUUGAUUGAUUGUAUUAAUGGGUUGUGAARAUGAGGACGAUCGUAGUUUUAUAAAUAAACAAAUKAACAAAUAGCGAAAACAUAUUUCGCCCAAUGUGGGUCAUUCGUGUAUUCUAUUGUGUUUGUUGGGAGUUAUUACGAAUUAGCACACAUGAAUCAGCAUGUUUACCUAUUUCAAGGCGACUUGAGUAAUUUUUAUCAGAUAACCAUAUUGUAUUAAUUAAAAAGUAUUCCGAGAGUAGAUUGCAAUUUGGAAGAUAUUUUCUGUAGAUGUUUACAUUUCAGUCAUUUCACUUCAAUUUCGUCAUAAACUAGAAAAUAUUAUUUCAUGUAGYGGACAAAAAUAAAUUUUUUGAUAAUGAUAUUAUCAUUCAGUACUGGAUUAUAACACGUUUACUCUAGAGUAUAUUUUUACAGAACAAUGGUGCUUGUUGAAUGAAAAAGAAAACAAAAGUAAAUUUUAAACAGCCUAUAAAUAAUUUUUUUUUUUAUUGGCAAUUGCUGAAGUAUAAAAUGCUAAUAAAUAAUAAUAGGCUGAAGCCCCUCAGUAGGUGUUGAACUGCGAAGACAGAAGACAACAUUAAUUAAACGAGAAUGCAUAAACUUUACAUGAUAUCAUUACCCAACGAACCUAAUAUCCGUCAUUAAUGGCUAUGCCAAUAGGAAUAAUAAAUUGAAUCAAGUGUGUGUAAUUAGUAGCUAGGCAGUUGUAGGCAAUAAUGGGUACCUAAUUAUUAUUAAAUUGGUAAUAGAAAACAAGCUGAAAGCAUCCGAGCUUUUAUGUUUUAUAUUUCUAUUACAGUUGGACUAUUCUUGUCCAUCACAUUGGACACUAUUGUACAACAGCAAUCAACACGGUAUCGGAAGUAAUAGGUUUUUACACCAUGUGCUGAGUUAUCGGGGGCCAACAUUAACAUUUUUGCGAGGUAAUGAAGGGGUCUUAUUUUGUAUGGGAGGUACGUCUGAAUGGCGGGAGUCACACCAGUAUUGGGGUGGAGACGACACCAUAAUUUUGCAAUUAUUACCAAAUUACAAAGUAAUCAAUCGUGGUCCAAAAUCUAUGUAUUUAAAUACAUCCAUACGUGGAUACCCAAAGGGCAUCAGAGCUGGUAAUGACCCAAGAAAACCAUCAAUUGAAGUUGAUGACUCAUUUCAACAUAUAGUACACUGUGGCAUACCAUACAAGUUAGAAAGCAUUGAAGUAUGGGGAUGUGGUUCACCAAAAAAUAGAGAAGUGCAAUUGGAUAUAAAAAAUUGGCAAAUCAAAGAGGCGGAGAAGACCAGAAAAUUAAAAAUGACAUCUAAAGAAUGGUUAGAUCACCCAGAUAGAUAUUUAUUAGAGUUAGCUGGACGUCAAACAUAUUCAACAUCCUAAACCAGUCUUAAUUAUUAUGUUCUUCACAGUCCUCGCAUAAUGUUAUUUUCGUAUGUGUAUAUAAGAUAUUUAUUUUAACUACAUUUCAACCUCGUGCUUUAAUUUCUUGACGUACUUACAGUUACAAGAGUAUUAUUUUAUCAGUAUUAACCGGAUACCAGAUAAAGUUUACUAUGAAUAAUAGAAAUUGACYAUAGUUUUCAAAUAAAACUACUAAAAUUAAUAUUAUAAUUAUUGGAAAUUUUAAAAGACCAAACUCAAACUCCUGUAUUAUCUUUUUAUAUAUAUUUUAUCAUAACAGUAUAUUGUGUCCAUAAUGGAUAAAUGAAAAAUUGUCUUCUUUAAGUAUUGGUUCUAUUUGUAGUUGAUUUAAAUACAGUUAUCUUGAGUUCGCCCCAUCUCCAAUAACUCCAGAUAAUCAAGUAAAAUGUGAGUUUUAUUUAUACAUAUCUGUUUAUUUGAAAUACAAUUUUCUUCUAAUCAACUGUUACAAUGUUAGAAUUUUAAUUUAAUAAAAUACUACAGAUAUUUUUUUUCAAGUGAUAAACCUGUGAUACAUCUUAAAGCUCAUUUGAUGAUCGUGUAAGCAAUUUUUAUUAAAUUAUUGACGAAUUUAUAAUUGCAAGUCUGAGGGAUUUUUAAUCUCRAACAUAUAUUUGAAGAGCCAUAAAAAUUAAUGAUUUUUUAAUCUGUUCUUGUGAAUUUUUUUGUGUUAAAUUUUUUCAGAAAAAGUAAGAUAAUAUGAAAGUACUCUUCAAUUUAUUUUAUUUUAGGAUGUUAAAUAAAAAUUCUGAUGUGUCUUGUAUCUAAAAUGGAGCUAUAUUUUAAAGAUGAUAUAAGAUAGUAACUUAUUAUUU